AUGUGGCUAGCAAUGAUGUUUAUCUGGCUACCACCAACAAAGAGCAAUCAACUGUUUUGUGCCCAAGGAGCAUUCAAAAAGCCUUUCCAAGAGCAAGUUCUAGAACUCAAGAGAAAUAUAAGUAAACAGCUCGAAGAGCCACAGCCCCCAGAACAUGCAACACUGGAGCAGAUAGCGAUGACUACCACCGCAAGUGUGGUCGGUUGGCUGGGAUCCACCUAUCCAAGACCUCCCAAAGUACUCGAAAUCGAGCUUUGUCCAUAUGCCGCUUUGAUCGGGAUACCGGUAACCUGGUAA